AUGUACUCGGCAUUUACUUUGGAUGGCUAAAUAUGACCUGGUAUUUGGAUCAGAAGCUGCUAUUCUGGAAAUCAUUAUAAACUGGUUGGCAUGAUUGCACAGCUAGUGCAGCCCUUGGAGGAGUCUGCAGGUAAAGUGCUUCAAUUAAUAAGUGGCAUGAUUCAUUGAGUGCUCUAUACACACCAGCACCCUGUCUGGAGGACAUGGAGUGACGUUGGGUCUACAGUUGGAGGAGGACCAACCUGCUGGAGCUUUAUCCACAGUGCAUGUGUGUGUAUCAGGAAGACAAUGAGGAUGCUGGCACUACAGAACAUCACCUGGGGAUUAGAGGUGCCCAAUGCCACCAGUGACUCGUCUCACCCGCUGGGGGUCAACACUAACCUGUUGUCCAAGGUCUUCAUCACUGUCCUGUACAUCCUCAUCUUUCUGGUGGGCACUAUAGGUAACGUGCUUACCAUCCAGCUGGUGCUGAAGAAGCAAAGCUUGCACAGCUUGCAGGGCACAGUGCACUACCACCUGGUAAGCCUGGCACUGUCCGACAUCCUUAUCCUGGUGAUCAGUAUCCCCAUAGAGCUGUACAAUUUUAUCUGGUUCCACUACCCCUGGGUGUUUGGAGAUGCGGUGUGCAGGGGCUACUAUUUCCUGCGCGAUAUCUGCUCCUAUGCCACCGUGCUGAAUAUUGCCAGCUUGAGCUGUGAGAGGUACCUGGCCAUCUGCCACCCCAUGAGGGCUAAGAGGGUCAUGUCCAAAAUGAGGACCAAGAAGAUCCUGUCUGCCAUAUGGGUCUCGUCCUUAGUGUUUGCCCUGCCCAUGGCUUUUAUAAUGGGGAUCAAGUAUGAGAACGUGAGCCCGGAUGGAGAGCUGGAUCCCUCUUCACUGAUCUGCACUAGCCUGGUGUCUACGGCUACUCUGAAGAUCUUCAUACAGGUCAACGCAUUUGUUUCCUUUGUCCUUCCGGUUACGUUGAUUGGUGCUCUGAACUGUAUAACAGUAAGCCAUCUUGUGUCCCUGCGCUCUCGCUCAAGUCUGAUCAUCCAUUCCUCCUGCAAGAGCUCUCGGGCUUCCAAAGAAGUGCGCAAGUCUCAGUCUUCACCCAGCAGUCUAUCUGGGAUUCCCAUCGGAAGAACAAGUGAAAAGAAGAACCUCACAGUGUCCAGCGAACCCAACCGCAUACAGUCACUGCAACACAGCAUUUACAUGCUCAGAGCCAUUGUAAUAGCGUAUAUUGUAUGCUGGUUACCAUAUCACGCCAGAAGACUGAUGUUCUGCUACAUCCCAGAUGAUGAGUGGUCUGGGUCCCUCUACACGUUUUACCAUUACUUCUACAUGCUGACCAACACCCUCUUCUACAUCAGCUCGGCUGUGAAUCCAGUCCUUUAUAACGUGGUCUCCUCUUCUUUCCGAAAACUCUUCUUAGAGACCCUCAGCCCAUCCUGCAGUAAACACGAUGGGAACUUAUCUGUAAAAUUAGGUUCUUCCCAUAUUGGACCGGACUGAUGUCUCUUCCUCUCUGUAUUGUAUGGAGUGAGGAUCUUCUGAGCACACUGGACAAAUAUUGUUAAAUAAGGAGUUACAUUAAGUGUUUAAAUGGCAGAUUAGUGCAUUCCAGUCAUUAAGGUCACACUUAUAUUGAAGUCUAUCUGUGCUGUACAGACCCAACAUAGUGGUCUGGUUGGUGUUUGA